CUGGACGCCCCGCCUGCUUCCGCCCCCUUGCCCUCGAGGGAGAAAGCCCCGCCUGCCCGCCCCAAACUGGGGCCGAUUGGCUUCUAAGAGGCGCAAUGAGAUCCGCCGAGCCUUUGGAGGCCCCGCCCACUUCUCUGACCCCGCGGGACUAGGAGGCGCAGGAGCAAUUGCGAGGCUCCGGCUCCAGCGGAAGCCACGCCCCUCCAAUCCUUAAAGGGCCAGAAGCAGCUCCUACUGCUCCUGCCCUUCCGCACUUUUGGGGGGCAGGGUGCGCAGGCGCAGUGGGGGGCCUCUGGGGUGGGGGUAGUGGUCGAGUAUCAAGUUGCUUUCUGUCCCGACAGAAGAAGCCAGUGUGCUGACCAUCCAGGCUCCAGCUUGCGUCCCGCUACAUCAAUUGGAGGGGAAAAGUUUGUGAAUUGGGCCUCCAAGUUUUGGGGGAUCUGGGCUUGCGGCGAGCGGUGACAGAGAAGGUUCGUGGAAGGUGCCUCCAUUAGCUCCCCACAUGGAGUGCACCCAGCCUUCAGAGAACCUCAGCCCGACCCAGCAGCCUCCCACCCCAGAAUCUGGGGAACCUGAGGACCCCAGGGAUGAGGCCCCGGAUGGCUCAGACACAGUGGUGCUCAGUCUCUUCCCCUGCACCCCAGAUCCUGGGAAUCCUGAACCAGAUGCCGGCGCCUCUUCACCUCAGGGCAACUCCCUAAAGCACUCUACGACCCUCACCAACCGGCAGCGGGGGAAUGAGGUCUCUGCCUUGCCGGCCACCCUGGACUCCCUGUCCAUCCACCAGCUUGCAGCCCAGGGAGAACUGAGCCAGCUGAAGGAGCAUCUGAGGAAAGGAGACAACCUCAUCAACAAGCCGGACGAGCGUGGCUUCACCCCCCUCAUCUGGGCCUCAGCCUUCGGAGAGAAAGAGACCGUCCGAUUCUUGCUUGAAUGGGGUGCCGACCCCCACAUCCUGGCCAAGGAGCGGGAGAGCGCCCUCUCACUGGCCAGCACAGGUGGCUACACAGACAUCGUGGUGCUGCUGCUGGAGCAUGAUGUGGACAUCAACAUUUACGACUGGCCCGAGGAGCUGACCUCACCACCGAAGCUGACUCUGGCUACACCCCAAUGGAUCUCGCUGUGGCUCUGGGAUACCGCAAAGUGCAACAGGUGAUCGAGAACCACAUCCUCAGACUCUUUCAGAACAACCUGGUGCCCGACGACCCCGAGUGAAGGCCGCCUUCCCCACAGGGACUCAGACACUCAGGGAACAAGACGGUCGGCCCAGCGUUGGGGGAACCCAGCACUGGCUUCAGAGGCAGCUCCGGACGGACAGACAGACGGUGGGAGGGGUGCUUCCCGGCAGAAACCAAUAAAGCCGUGCAGAACUCGCA